GGGGCGGGCCCUACGGGAGGGGGCGUGGUUGAAUAGUCUUCCGGGUCUGGCCGAACCGAAUCGGGCCGAGCGGAGCCGAAGGGACUCGGGCGGCGCCAUGGGGCAGAUCGAGUGGGCCAUGUGGGCUAACGAGCAGGCGCUGGCGGCCGGGCUCAUCAUGCUGACAGGUGGCAUCGUGGCCGUGGCAGGGCAGUUCAAGGACUGGUACUUUGCGGCGUAUGCCAUCGCAGCAGGUGCCUUGGUCUGCCUGCUCGAGUACCCCAGGAGCAAGCGGAAAAAAGGCUCCACCAUGGAGAGGUGCGGCCAGAAGUACAUGACAGCGGUGGUGAAGGUGUUUGGGCCCCUCACAAGGAAUUACUACAUCCGAGCCAUCCUGCACGCCGCCCUGGCUGUCCCUGCUGGUUUCCUCCUCUCCACCAUCCUGGGCACCGUCUGCUUGGGCAUCGCGAGCGGCAUCUACCUGCUGGCGGCGGUGCGUGGGGAGGAGUGGAGACCCAUUGAGCAGAAGCCCCCAGAGCGGCUGCACAUUGGGGACACCAUCAAGCAGCCACCCAGCAACCCUCCGCCCCGGCCCCCCGCCGAUGCCCGCAAGAAGCAGCCGGUGGAGGUGGGGGGGCAGGUGAACCCCAUCCCUGUUGAGGCUGAGUAACGGAGGGGGGGGGCGCCUCCUGUCACUGCUGCACCGCUCGUGCUCCUGCUUCCCAGAUGCACCCCAGCCCCUCGUGGGGAAACUGGGGUGCCUGGCUCCUGGGGAUCCCCAAGUCCUCAGGGCUCCCCAGCUCCUUGGUGGGUCCCCAGCUCCUGGGGAUGCCCGAAUCCUUGGGGAUCAUCAGUUCCCCCUGGGCUCCCCAAGGAAUCCCUAAGUGCCCAGGAAUUCUCAGCUCCCUGUGAGGUUUGCAGCUCCUGGGAAUCCCCAAAUCCCAAGGGAUGCUCAGCUCCUCAGGGGCUUCUCCAGCUUCCAGGGGCUCCCCAGCUCCUGAGAAUCCCCAAAUCCUUGGGGAUGCUCAGCUCCCUGUGGGGUUUCCAGCUUCCAGGGGUUCCCCAGCUCCUGGGGGUGCUCAGCUCCCUGUGAGGUUGUCAGCUGCCAGGGGAUCCCCAAAUCCCCGGGGAUGCUCAGCUCCUCAGGGGCAUCUCCAGCCUCCAGGGGCUCCCCAGCUCCUGGGGAUUCCCAAAUCCCCAAGGAUGCUCAGCUCCCUGCUCUCCAAGCAGUCCCCAGUUCCCUGAGGUCUCCCCAAAUCCCUGGGGAACACCAGCUCUCCAGGAAAUGCCCAGCCCCCCCGAGGGGUCCCCAAGCCCCGCAGCCCUGUGGGGUGGGAUCAGGCAGCUCUGCUCCCUGCACCAGCUCUCACUGUUUUUUUUGUCACUUCUGCGGUUGCUGUUGCAAUAAAAAGUGGGAAAGGCA